AUUGGUUUCAAGGGAUUUGGUUUACCAGAAAAUAAACUCGAUUCAUCGGCUCCUUUCAUUUAUGAGGGUUCCGAGUAUGUGUUGCAUCAUGGUUCAGUGGUUAUUGCGGCCAUUACGUCAUGCACCAACACAAGCAACCCAAGUGUCAUGCUUGGAGCAGGACUUCUUGCAAAGAAAGCUGUGGAGGCUGGACUGUCCGUGCUGCCUUACAUCAAGACGAGUCUGUCGCCAGGCUCGGGUGUUGUCACGUACUAUUUGAAGGAAAGUGGUGUCAUCCCUUACCUCACAGCAUUGGGCUUUGAUAUUGUUGGUUAUGGAUGCAUGACUUGUAUAGGAAACAGUGGCCCACUGCCAGAAACUGUGGUUGAAGCCAUUGAAAAGCAUGACCUUGUGUGUUGUGGUGUUCUUUCUGGGAAUCGUAACUUUGAAGGCCGCAUCCAUCCCAAUACUCGAGCAAAUUACCUUGCUUCACCCCUGCUUGUCAUAGCUUAUGCCAUUGCUGGACGGGUGGAUAUCGACUUUCAAAAGGAACCGCUGGGUCACAAUGCUGAUGGGAAACCUGUGUACCUCCAUGAAGUGUGGCCACUACGUUGUGAGAUUCGUGAUAUAGAACAGCAGUAUGUUAUCCCUGCAAUGUUCCGUGAAGUGUAUGCUAAGAUUGAAACAGGGAGCCCGAACUGGGCACAGCUGAAAGCACCUGAAGGCAAGCUGUACCCGUGGGAUCCAUCAUCUACCUAUAUUAAGAAUCCACCCUUUUUUGAAGGCAUGACAAAGGAAUUACCGGCUAUUGAAGCAAUUGAAGAAGCUAGAGUGUUAUUGUAUUUGGGUGAUUCUGUCACAACUGAUCACAUAUCCCCAGCUGGCAGCAUUGCCCGCAACAGUCCGGCUGCUCGAUAUCUCGCAGCAAGAGGGUUGACUCCCCGUGAAUUCAACUCGUAUGGUUCACGAAGAGGAAAUGAUGCCGUGAUGGCACGUGGCACAUUUGCAAACAUCCGCUUGGUCAACAAAUUUGUUGGGCAAGCUGCACCAAGAACACUUCACAUUCCUUCAGAAGAUAUGAUGGACGUGUUUGAUGCUGCUGAACGCUACAGACAAGACAAAAUACCACUAAUAGCAUUGGUGGGUAAGGAUUAUGGCUCAGGUUCAUCAAGAGAUUGGGCUGCCAAAGGACCUUUCCUUCUUGGUUUGCGAGCUGUUAUAGCAGAGUCCUAUGAGCGUAUCCAUAGGUCCAACCUAGUUGGAAUGGGAAUAGUUCCUCUACAGUUCUUGGAAGGCCAGAAUGCUGAUACGUUAGGUCUGACUGGCAAGGAGAAAUACACAAUCAAGAUCCCACAGGAUAUUCGUCCUCUGCAAGAGUUGACAGUUGAGCUUGAUAAUGGAAGGAGUUUCCAGGUUAUUGUCAGGUUUGAUACAGAAGUAGAUCUUACAUACUUCCGACAUGGUGGAAUUUUGAACUACAUGAUACGAAGAAUAUUACAGUGAGCCACAAAAAGGAGAUUUAUAGCAUGACAUUCUGAAAUUUGGGUAUUUGUGGUGUACAAUUGACAAUUCCAUUGUCUUCCUUGCCUUAUGUGCGAGAAGAGAGGCAGUCAGAAGGUUCAUGAUGGAGAGACAUGCUUGGAGUUAUGUUGUUUUUGGAGGAUAGCAAUGAUUUUGCUUAAAACAUUCUUUUUUGUAAAAUGGAGUUGUGUUGUAAAAUAGGGUUUAUCUACUGUAAAUUAACUGUUAUAAAUAAAGGUUGGUCUAGGUUAAUCUUUUGUUAUACUUUUUUAUUUGGGGUCACAAAUUGUUAAUGCAGGGGUCUGUUGUCAUUAUGGCAGUGAGAAGAAUCUUGAGGAUUUUUAUACACAGGAAAAUCAGGCUUAGAAAGAGUGUUUAAUCAAUACUGAUUUAAAAGAUCAGUAUGGGUACUUCAAAAUGUGCUUUAUAUAUGUGCAAUGUUACCGAGAGAAAUGUUGCAAAUAAAAGUGCUUUUAUGUGGAAGA